AAACAAAGAAGAAGAAGAAGCCCGAGCGAGCAGCCGCUGGAUUCCUCGUGGGUUUGUUUACAUUCGUCUUUGCACGUGAACUCAAGCCAACUUUCGCUACGUCAGAAACAUACCACGCGUUAUAUGCGUGUUGUUUACUUCGUGGGCUGCAGGAGUCGUGUCAGUCCAUCGGUGCCCAUGAUGACCACAGAGCCAACGAGUCUGGACAGCCUGAGAGUGCUGUACCAGAGCGAUGACUUCAUUGUGGUCGACAAGCACUGGGACAUCCGCAUUGACAGCAAGAUGUGGUACGAGAAACACACAGUGCAGGCUCAACUUCGGCACCGCUUCCCUCAGCUGGCAGACCCAAGCACCUACUAUGGAUUCAGGUUCUGUCAUCAGUUGGAUUUCUCCACCAGCGGGGCUCUUUGUGUUGCCCUCAAUAAAGCUGCGGCCGGCCGCGCCUACCGCUGCUUCAAGGACCGCACUGUCACUAAAGCUUACCUCGCCCUGAUUCGGGGCCGUGUGGAAGAACAGACACAAACUCUGGACUUCUCCAUCGGCAAGAACUCCUCAGAGGGAAAAACACAUAUGAUGUGUAUUGAGGGAACAGAAGGCUGUGAAAACCCCAAGCCUUGCCAAACAGGGCUGACAGUGUUGGAGUAUGGGUCGUACGAUGGAGAUCCUGUGACCAAGGUGCUCCUGCAGCCGCUCACUGGCCGAACCCACCAGUUAAGGGUCCACUGCAGCGCAAUUGGCCACCCCAUCGUCGGUGACUUCACCUACAGCUCAGGAGCGGACGACGCCCCAUACCGCAUGAUGCUGCACGCCCACUUCCUCCACAUUCCCCUGGAACCUCAGCCCCUGCUCGUGUCUGCGGGAGACCCCUUUCUCCCCAUGGUGGAUCCCAAGUGGCUCCCGGAGCGCUCGUUGCGUACACUGACGGCCACUGUAGAGGCCCUGCUGGAGAGCAGGAUGGAGCAAGACAGGAAGAUUAAAGAGGAGAAGAAGGAGCAUGCAAGAAAAGAGGAGGAGAGGAGAAAGAAACUUCGCAAGGAACAGAGGACUAAGGAGGAGAGCGAGGAGCAGAGGAGGCAGUGUCAUGACUGGCUGAGUGAAUGGGCGGGAGACUGAUAACGAGUCUUUUGUAUUGUUAUUUAUUUUAAUUUAUUUUUGCUUUUUACUUAUGAAAGCCACGUUGAACAUGUAUGCUCCACCAGUGUUGCUUUGUAAUGGCAUAUGUGGUUGUGGACCAGGACCUUAAUUCCCUCACAAAGCAGUUAUUAACAGUAGGUCAGAAAAAUGACUUGUGUGAACCUGUAAACUGCCGAUAACAAUUCAAACCACUGAGAGCUGCUACCAUAACCUGUAGUUUCCAAUUGGAUCAGCUCCUCUGCAUUAGUUGACAAACAAGUGCCUUGCUCAAGUUUACGUUUAUAGUUUAUAGUUUUCAAUAAACCUAUUCCUUGAUUUAUUUAGCAGGAUCAUUUAAAUGUGCCAAAGGUAGGAGCCUCUGAUUCACAGACAUUGAUAUGAAAAUCAGAGUAGAAGCUGUUAUAUGUUAAAUGGGCUUUUAAGUGUCAGUUUCCAACCACAUCUCUUGGUCUUUGUCAUGUUUUAUCGUUUUACAGCUUUUAAAAACACUGUUUAACAUAAAGAAAACAAACAGAUUUCUCCAAACUGAGCAUUAAUAAAACUGUAAUAAACAAAAA